UGCGGUCGGGUUCCGGGCUCUACAGUCCGUUCUGGAGUUGGUGUUGGGUUGCUGGUGGCUCCUCCCCAGCUCAGCCAUUGCUGUGCUGCAGGGCGCCCUGGGAUCACAGCGGGCAGCGGGCUCGCCCGGUGAGCGCGCCGGGGUAGCCUCUGGUACUCCUGAUGCCUCAUUUGCCUCUGGCCUCUUUUCUACAAUGGGGGCUGAGGCCCUCACGGGGCCUCCCCAGGUCCUGUACCCUUUCUACCCAGUCACAGCCCUAUGGAUCCCCCAUCUCCCAGAGGAACCGUGAGGCGAAACAGAAGCGCCUGCGAGAGAAGCAGGUGGCGCUGGAGGCUGGCUUAGCCCGGAAGAACAAGUCACCUGCAGAAUCCAGUAAGGCCUGGACUCCUAAAGAAAUAGUGUUAUAUGAAAUCCCCACAGAACUUGGUGAAAAGAAAGAUGUCUCCCAGCCCCUACCUCCUGCAUACAGCCCCCGAUAUGUCGAAGCGGCCUGGUACCCUUGGUGGGUUCGAGAGGGUUUCUUCAAGCCGGAAUAUCAGACCAGGCUGCCCCAGGCUACAGGGGAGACCUUUUCCAUGUGUAUCCCACCUCCCAAUGUCACCGGCUCCCUACACAUCGGGCACGCACUGACGGUGGCCAUCCAGGAUGCUCUUGUGCGCUGGCACCGGAUGCGUGGGGAUCAGGUGCUGUGGGUCCCUGGCUCAGAUCAUGCAGGAAUCGCUACCCAAGCUGUGGUGGAGAAGCAGCUGUGGAAGGAGCGAGGGGUGAGAAGACACGAUCUGAGCCGGGAAGACUUCCUCCAGGAGGUUUGGAAGUGGAAGGAGGAGAAGGGUGGAGAGAUCUGUGAGCAGCUCCGAGCUCUGGGGGCCUCCCUGGACUGGGACCGAGAAUGUUUCACUAUGGACGCUGGCUCCUCAGUGGCUGUGACUGAAGCUUUUGUGCGACUUCACAAGGCAGGGUUGUUGUACCGCAGCCAGCAGCUUGUCAACUGGUCAUGCGCUUUAAGAUCAGCCAUCUCUGACAUCGAGGUGGAGAGCCGGUCCCUGCCUGGCCACACAGAACUUAGACUGCCUGGCUGCCCCACCUCUGUGUCUUUUGGCCUCCUUAUCUCUGUGGCCUUCCCUGUGGAUGGAGAGCCUGACGCAGAGGUCGUGAUAGGGACCACGAGGCCAGAGACGUUGCCUGGAGAUGUGGCAGUGGCCGUUCAUCCCGACGACACCCGAUAUACACAUCUACAUGGGCGACAACUUCGUCACCCCUUGACAGGGCAGCUCCUCCCCCUCAUCACAGACCCUGCUGUCCAGCCACACAUGGGCACAGGGGCAGUGAAGGUGACUCCAGCUCACAGUCCUGCUGAUGCUGAGCUGGGGAGCCGACAUGGCUUGAGUCCUCUGAGUGUCAUUGCAGAGGAUGGGACCAUGACCUCCGUCUGUGGGGACUGGCUGCAGGGUCUUCAUCGAUUUGUAGCCCGGGAAAAGAUAGUGUCCAUACUGAGGGAGAGGGGCCUGUUCCGGGGCCUCCAGGACCAUCCCAUGGUGCUGCCCAUUUGCAGCCGCUCCGGGGACGUGGUAGAAUACCUGCUGAAGAGCCAGUGGUUUGUGCGCUGCCGGGAGAUGGGGGAACGGGCUGCCCAGGCUGUGGAGUCUGGGGCCCUGGAGCUGAGCCCAUCUUUUCACCAGAAGAACUGGCGGCUCUGGUUCUCCCACAUCGGGGACUGGUGCAUCUCACGGCAGCUGUGGUGGGGCCAUCAGAUUCCAGCCUACCUGGUUGUGGAGGAGCCUGGGAAGGGCCAUAGGGAGGACUGCUGGGUAGUGGGCCGGACAGAGGCUGAGGCCAGAGAAUUGGCUGCAGAACUGACUGGGAGACCAGGGGCGGAGCUGACCCUGCAGCGUGACCCUGAUGUCCUGGACACAUGGUUCUCUUCAGCUCUUUUCCCCUUUUCUUCCCUGGGCUGGCCCCAUCAGACCCCAGACCUCAGUCGGUUCUACCCCCUGUCACUUUUGGAAACGGGCAGUGACCUCCUGCUGUUCUGGGUGGGCCGCAUGGUCAUGCUGGGCACCCAGCUCACAGGGCAGCUCCCCUUCAACAAGGUGCUUCUUCACUCCAUGGUCCGGGACAGGCAGGGCCGGAAGAUGAGCAAGUCCCUGGGGAAUGUGCUGGAUCCACGGGACAUCAUCAGAGGGGUGGAGCUGCAGGUGCUGCAGGAGAAGCUGAGAGAUGGGAACUUGGACCCUGCAGAGCUGGCAAUCGCAACUGCAGCGCAGAGAAAGGACUUCCCUCAUGGGAUCCCUGAGUGUGGGACAGAUGCCCUGCGGUUUGCUCUGUGCUCCCACGGGGCCCUGGCAGGUGACUUACACCUGUCUGUCUCUGAGGUCCUGAGCUCCCGACAUUUCUGCAACAAGAUCUGGAAUGCCCUGCGCUUUAUCCUCAAUGUCCUAGGAGAGAAAUUCACACCCCAGCCUGCAGAGGAGUUGUCCCCCUCCACCCCAAUGGACUCCUGGAUCCUGAGCCGUCUGGCCCACACUACCCGAGAGUGUGAGCGAGGCUUCCUCACCCGAGAGCUCCCACUUGCCACCCAUGCCCUGCACCACUUCUGGCUCCACAGCCUCUGUGACGUCUACUUGGAGGCUGUGAAGCCUGGGCUGUCACACUGCCCCUGCCCCGCUGGGCCUCCUCAGGUGCUGUUCUCCUGUGCUGACAUUGGGCUGCGCCUGCUCGCCCCACUCAUGCCCUUCCUGGCUGAGGAGCUCUGGCAGAGGCUACCCCCCAGGCCAGGCUGCCUCCCCGCCCCCAGCAUCUCUGUGGCCCCCUACCCCAGUGCCAGCAGCUUGGAACACUGGCACCAGCCUGAGCUGGAGCGGCGCUUCUCCCGGGUCCAGGAGGCUGUGCAGGCACUAAGGGCUCUUCAAGCCAUGUACCAGCUCACCAAGGCCCGGCCUCGAGUGCUGCUGCAGAGCUCAGAGCCUGGAGAGCAGGGCGCUUUUGAGACCUUCCUGGAGCCACUGGGCACCCUGGGCCGCUGUGGGGCUGUGGGCCUCUUACCUGCUGACACAGCCGCUCCCUCUGGCUGGGCCCAGGCCUCUGUCGGUAACACUGUUCAGGUCUACAUGGAGCUACAGGGCCUGGUGGACCCCGAGGUCCAUCUACCUCUGCUGGCUGCCAGAAGACACAAGUUACAGAAGCAGUUUGAUGGCCUCAUAGCCCGGACCCCAUCAGAGAAAGAGGCAGAGACUCAAAGGCAGCAGAGGCUUUCUUCCAUCCAGCUGGAAUUGUCAAAACUGGACAAGGCGGCUUCUCACCUCCGGCAGCUGAUGGGCGCAUCUCCUAGCCCCAGGGAACCCUGAGCCCUCACUCACUGUCCCUGGCGGUUCUCUACCCUGCCAGGCCUGCCUUUGAGAACAAACUGAUCCUGCAGCAGCUGGUGGGAUGCUGCCUCAGAGACCACAUGGUCCACCUCCCUCAUUUAUGGUAACAAACCAGCUUGGUCAGAGUGACUGUGGGUGACUGAGAUGCUCACAUUCCUGCCCCUGCUUCCCUCCUGUGCAGCCCCACCUGGAAGCUUAGGCAUGAGGAGAUUCGGAUACACUUUUAAAAUCUUAAACGCA